CUUUCUAUUUUUGGCCUGUCAACUGAGCAGCUGUGAGAUAAGGGGAGGCGAUGGCUAAAAUAUAAAGGAUCCAGGAUGACCACUGUUCUGUCUCGUUGUGACACAAUGGCGAUUUUCCUGUUGGCGGUUCUCCUGGGUGCAGCAGUAGCUACCCCGCUACAGCUACUGCACGGCUAUGAUGACGACGAUAAGAUCAUCGCAGGGUACGAGUGUCCGGCUCACUCCCAGCCUUGGCAAGUCUUCUUAACCUACGGUGCUGGUUACCGGUGGUGUGGUGGCUCCCUCAUUAAUGACCGCUGGGUCAUCUCGGCUGCGCAUUGCUACAAAACCCCCCGAACUCUCAUGGCCCACCUUGGGGAGCAUGACACCAGCCAGGAGGAAGGUACUGAACAGCACAUCCAGGUAGAGAAAGCUAUCCGCUACCCUGGGUAUGAUGCGCGCACCACGGACAACGAUUUCAUGUUGAUCAAACUCUCGCAGCCGGUCACUUUCAACGCCUUUGUCCAGCCCAUCGACAUUUCCUCAAGCUGCCCCAGCGCAGGAGAGGACUGCCUCGUCUCAGGCUGGGGGAACACUCGGACUUCAGGAGUCAAAUACCCAGACAAACUGCAAUGCCUGAAGUUGCCGAUUCUGUCCUCCUCUGCCUGCCGUACUUCCUAUCCUGGCCGCAUCACUAACAACAUGUUUUGUGCUGGCUACAUAGAGGGCGGCAAAGACUCUUGCCAGGGAGAUUCUGGUGGGCCUCUGGUGUGUAAUGGAAAACUGACCGGCGUUGUGUCCUGGGGUGCAGGAUGCGCCCAGAAAGACAAACCUGGCGUGUACACUACAGUGUGCAACUACCAUUCCUGGAUCCAAGAGGUGCUUGCCAACGAAUGAGAUGCUUGAGGAUUUUCUUCAGGGGAAAGGAGGUUCCUCAUCUAGGAAAAAGGCCACAUCUGAUUAUCUUCCCUGCAGCAAAACAAGCCACCUGCGUAAAAGUGCGAAAGCUGGUGCCCCCCAAAAACUGUGGCGCCCAAUAUUGGGAACUGUAGUUUUGUGGGUAUGCUAAGAAUCUCUAAAGUGUGCCUUCUUUGGAGCUGUAGUUCUGAGGGAAAUCACAGAACUAAAGCUCCCAAGAUUGAAAGCUGGGAGAAGUCUUCAACAGGUAGAAAACUGAAAUGGACUUGGUGAGAGGAUCAGAAAGCAGGAAAGACAAGGAGGAGCUUGCACUACAUCGCUGUGUUUAAAAAUAAAACCUAGUAUGGGCACCCUA